AGAGGGAGAGAGAGAGAGAGAGAGAGAGAGAGAGGGAAGCGGAGCGAGCUGCAGAGAUUACCCAGCGUUUCAGCGCUGCGCUCCCGGGGCGCAGGAAGACUAGAGGCCGCCGUCACCUGCCAGGAGCCCCCCGAGCACGAGAGGAGAGAAACGGGCACGGUAACGGAGGACUGUUUCUACCUGCAGCUAAUCGAUAAAAGGCAAGGCGACACAAGGAGGGAGCCAGGACAGGAGCCGAAGUGGCCGUCGCAUCGCUCUCCCAGCCUCUCCUGUCGAAGAAAUCCGGUCUUGAGCUGGAAAAGACCGUUCAGAGAGACCGGCGUUCAGCUACGAACGAGAGGAAGACGAGCAGAGGAGCGGCUCUGAAUGCAGCUGAAGAGAAUUAAAUCCGAACUGAGGAAUUAUUACAACAUUCAGACUGAACUCUGUCCUGUGGAUUUUUCUGUUGCCUUUUCUUACCUUCUCUAUUUUUAGGGAGAGUCAUUCAUUGGAACAGACAUUAAUCUUUUUCUUUGAUAGUGAGCAUCGCAGUAAUGCUUGACCUCAACAUCUGCCUGAUAGAUGAAAGACUUGUUUUUCAUCUUUUUUAACCUUUUUACUGCCAAGUUUGAGAGAAACUCUGGGAGACAAAGGGGAUUUUUUUCACUUUGAACUUGCACAAUCUCUUUGAUUUUCUGUUUCUGCCCCUGUAUCUCACUUCUUUUCCUGAUAACGUUUUGUUUCUCAUAAAAGGAAGAAAAGGAGGUGACUGACUCAAGUGUCUCUAACAGGAACUUGAAUUGCAUUUGCAUUCCAGUUUGGCAUUCACAGGGGGACAAAUCCUCCCUUGUGUGUGUGACAGAGUGUGUGUUUGUGUAGCAAAGUGUCCCUCUGCGAAACAUUAGUGUGCAUCAGGGGACAAUAACUGGCCCUGUGUGUCUCUUCUGGGGAAAAUGGGAUCAGAAAAGGACUCAGAGUCACCUCACUCUUCAGUGAGCGGCGUCCCCAACCCUAAGUGCCGUGCAGCGGGCAAACGCCAGGGCCGCAUCUCCUUUCACAGCCUCUUCCACAGCAAACGGGGCUCUCGGGGCACCAGGGGCCCCAAAGGAGGAGCGGCCACCCCUUUAUCCCAUCAUCUCCACACACAACAACAGCUUCUCCCUUCUGCCUUGAGCUCAGCGCCCGCUGCAGCCUCUGCUACUCCCACAACGACCACCACCACAGCCACCACAACCCCCCAGGAUGCUGCCUCCAGCACCCCCUCAAAGCCACUCUCCUCCAGCCAGCCAUCCCUGGAUGGAGCCCCCUCCUCUGGGGAGGCCAGCCUCUUGGAGUGUCCCCUGUGCCUGGUGCGCCAGCCCGCCGACCAGCUCCCCGAGCUGCUGGGGUGCAGCCACCGCUCCUGCCUCUGCUGCCUGCGGCAGUACCUCCGCAUUGAGAUUACAGAGAGUCGAGUCCAGCUCAGCUGCCCCGAGUGUGCCGAGAGACUGGCCCCACAACAGGUGGCGGACAUCUUGGAUGAUGCAGCCCUGCUGGAGAAGUAUGAGGAGUUCCUGCUGCGGAGGUGCCUCGCCUCUGAUCCAGACUGCCGAUGGUGCCCGGCACCUGACUGCGGAUUUGCCGUCAUCGCCUCAGGGUGUGCCAGCUGUCCCAGGUUGGUGUGUCGCAGAGAAGGCUGCGGUGCUGAGUUCUGCUACCACUGCAAACAAGCCUGGCAUCCCAACCAGACCUGCGACUCGGCCCGCCAACAGAGGGCGCAAUCCUUGCACACCCACAGCAACCACUCACCCAGCUACACACAGGACCAGGGACCCACUGAUGACAUCAAGCCCUGCCCUCGCUGUGGUGCCUACAUCAUCAAGAUGAAUGAUGGGAGCUGCAAUCACAUGACCUGCGCCGUAUGCGGCUGUGAGUUCUGCUGGCUCUGCAUGAAGGAGAUCUCCGACCUGCACUACCUCAGUCCAUCUGGCUGUACGUUCUGGGGGAAGAAGCCUUGGAGCAGGAAGAAGAAGAUUUUGUGGCAGCUGGGCACUCUGAUUGGAGCUCCAGUCGGCAUCACCCUCAUUGCAGGCAUCGCUGUUCCUGCCAUGGUCAUUGGCAUCCCUGUUUACGUCGGCCGCAAGAUCCACGCCCACUACGAGCUGAAGAAGUCAUCUCGUCACAGAAGGAACCUGGCCAUCACAGGAGGCGUGGCCCUGUCAAUCAUCACCGCCCCGGUCAUCGCAGCUGUCAGCGUGGGUAUUGGUGUGCCCAUCAUGUUGGCCUACGUGUACGGUGUGGUGCCCAUUUCUCUGUGUCGCGGAGGAGGUUGUGGUGUCAGCAGAGGGAAGGGACGAGGUGUGCGGAUUGACUUUGAUGAGGACGAUGGUCCAAUCACAGUGGCAGAUGCGUGGCGAGCCCUCAAGUCCCCGAGCCUUGGUGAGAGCAGUCUGGAAGGGGCGGUCAGCGGUCUGAGUACCACCUCCCCCAGCGAGGGGCUCUCCAUGGCCCCUGGGAAUCUGGGUGACACACCCCACUUUAACACCCUGGCAGGUGGCGCCCUGGGAACCCGCACCGGCAAGUACAGCAGGCUUGAGGUGCAGGCAGGGGAGCUGGCUAAAGAAUCAGCCCAGAGGGAGACAGGCAGCCUGGGAGCAGGGAGCGACUGUGCCAGCACCCGUGGAAUGGCCGGAUCCAUUAUCUCCUCCUACACACUACCUGACAGGGAGUGCACCAACCUGGAGAUCCAGGUGGACAUCGAGACCAAACCCAGCCAUCUCUGCCUGACCAGCGAAGAGGACCUAACCCCGCCCCCAGGCUCUGCUGCCAUGGCGACCGUCUCAGGAGGGGAGGAGCCUCAGGACUGCAGCUCCAGAAGGGGCGGAGCUUUGUCUGGCUCUGCGUUGGGACUGUCGCCUGGAGCAUCAAUCAGGGAGGGUCUCAGAGACGUCACCCUGGCUCAACCGGAGAGCAUCCGCAGUGACCUGGAGAUGUCAGACACGCAAUCAGACGACAUCGCAGAGCUGACGUCGGACGACUGUGACUCUCCUCACCCGAAAAGCUGUCACCUGGCGGCCGGCCAGCAGCCCCAGGCCUCAUCCUGCCGAGCCCUGAACCCCGAAGGCCUUCACUGUCCCGCAGACAGCAACGUCAUCCUCUAUGUCUGAGAGAACAGCAACUCUCAGGAUUGCACAAAAAAACGAACCAAUCCCCCAACAGUCACAUUUGAGCUCUCUGUCUUUACUUCAUGGCUUUUUUUUUCCUUUGGUCAUUUCUCGUUUGCUGCUUUUGCGACUCACAGACACCGUCUUAAACACAGACAGGGUUUGUUUACUUUUGUCUGUCCUAUCUAUCUACCUGUCAAUCUCCUCACUGAGUAAAUUGUCAGGGUUCUACCUCUGAGAUUUAUAAGAUGAUGAUUUAUGUUUACUCCUUGGUGCAAAAUGCCUUGGCUACUUAAGCAAAAAAAAAAAAAAAAAAAGAAAAAGAAAAAGAAAAGAAAAAAGAGGUACAAAUUUUCCAGAAGAAAUAUUGCUAAAUUGAAAUUAUGAAAUAAGAUGAAAUGUCACCAAGCACAGCAGAGGGAGAAGGCUGUUAGCUGAGGACGGAGGGGAUGUUUAUAACAAUGUGUGAAUGAAUGUGGACUUUAUACUCAACUAUUGUGGCUUUAUUUUCUUCUUCGCCUCUAUUUAUAUUCAGAUGACCUUGAAAGUGUAUUUGCUGUGUGCAUGAGUCUGCAUGAGCCAUGCCUUGUGUGAAAGGUUUAAAAGGGCAGCAAGUUUCUGUUACACUGGUGAAAGUUAAAGUUUACUUUAGUGGAUGAAGCUGCACUUGACUCUCACUUUUUCCAUUUUCCAGGAGGAGGAGGGGGACUGGGAGGAUGCACAUGGGGACAAAAAAUAUGAGUUUCGAAAUGACGGAAAUAAGUGAUUCAGUUCUGACAAUGACGUGGCGAGACCAGAAGGCACUGUGGUGAAAUGCACUGGGAGAAGCCACUUUAUUCUAUUCUAUAAAGUCUACUGUUUAGUUCACUUUUUCACACUGUGGACAUUUUGAACAGUUGAGGACAGCCCAGCAUAUAGAACGGGUUUGUCCUCCUGUUCUGCGCUGAGAUUUACAUCAAACACUCAUUUAUCACUUCACCAAUAACCAACUGAGAAAUUUAAUAUAAUUUUAUAUAAGUAUAAACUUAUAUGAGUUUAAUUUUUUUUUUUGUAACAGAUGGGGUCACAAGUUGUGAUUUAUUGCUGUCUAUAGUGUAUAAAAAACCCUGUAGUUACAGAAACAGUGUUUGACUGGAUUUAUGCUAAGGUCGCAACUAAUGUUUAUUUUCAUUAGUGAUUAAUCUGCCAAUUAUUUUCCCAAUUAGUCGUUUCUGCUUUAGUACCCUCAUCAUUUUUCAGAUGUCUAUGAGCUGUUAGCAGUUCCACCAAAAAGACAUUUAACCUCUGACUUUUUAGAUGGUUUCAUUUCAAUAACUGUUUGAGGCCCAAAAAGACUCAGCCCAGUGUCCAAGAAAUGAAUAAAAUAAAAUUGUCAGAAAAUAUUUUCACUAUAAUUUUCCAGUUAAUUGACUGGCAGUCCACAAUCCAACGAUAAUCUGUUUACUGUCAUAUAUGACAAAGAAAAACAACAAAUCCUUUACAUUAGUGAAGCUGGAACCAGAGAAUGUUUUGGCUUAAAAAAAUGAUGAUAGUUGCUGAUUACUUUUUUGUCGCUCGACUAAUUGAUAAAUAAACUAAUUAUUUCAGCUGUAAUUUGUGACCAUUUUUGAAAACUGGUCAAUGAAGCUCGAUUUUUAACACUUGACUUCCAGCUCAGACUGGCAACCUGACGCUGCUCACUGGUUAUUGUCAGAACUCUCUCACUGCGUGGUUCUGGUGUGUGUCAUGUGACUGGACCAGUGUUUGACAGUUGGCUACCAACACGACACACACCCGACUAGUUUUGGUUUACGACGUGUUAACUGGCUGUCUGACCCACUUGAACGUUGUGUGUGUGUAUGUUUGGGGACGGGUAUUACUCAUGUUCUGGGGACAUGAAUUUGUUUACACAGACAUAUUCCGUAUGGAAAGUCCCCAUAACGUAAAUCAAUACAUUUUAGGGUGAAGACUUGAUUUAAGGUUAGGGUAAGGGUUAGGUUUAGGCAAGUAGUGGUCAUGGUUAGGGUAAGGAAUUGAAUGUAAGUCAAUGUAAUAUCCCCUAAAGUGAUGGAAACACGACUGUGUGCGUGUGUGUGUGUGUGUGUGAGUGAAUGAAUGGACUCCUGAUGAAUGUAUUUGUUUGUCCCACUUUGUUUUUGAAUGAGCACUUGUGCACUUUAUCUGAAUUCAUCGUAUUUAUCUUUUGUUUGUUUUGGUUUUGUUGCUAUUCAUAAUCUCUUACUAUGAAUGACUUUAUUUCAGUUGCAUACAAAAGUCUGUGGUACAACCAAAAUAAAUCACCUACCAGAAGGCCUUUUAUGUUGGAUGUAACUAAAGAAGAGUUUGGCUCAAAAACAUCAUAUAACCAUUUUUGAAAAUAGAUGUUUUGUCAUGUUUAUCAUUCAGUAUUUUAAGGGCAUCCAAGGUGUUUUUAUCAAUUUUGUGAUGCAAAGAGUAUAAUUUUUAUAUUUUAUUCUAGUUUAUGUUUUGCUAAUCAUCUUUUAAUAGUCAAUUUCACUUUUGGAGCCAAACACUUAAAAUAUUGAUGCCGAUAAGCUCUUCUUAAUCAUACUCACUAGCCUGAAUUGUUUCUUAGCUUUGUAUCACCUCUGUGCUUCAGUUUUAAAAGGUUUUCUACCAGGUUUUCCUUUAAUCUGCAAGGAAUCGACUUGGGAACCUUUUUCAUCUCAGAGUAGCUUUAUGGAUUUAGCUGCUUAUAUAACCUGGCAGUGCUUUGUUUGGUCUGCACUUAUCACUUGUUUCUGCCUGCCUGCCUGUGAGAAAACACACGAAUGUACCACGGACAGAGUGUGCGUGUUAAUGGAGUGCCCCAUUAAGACCACAGGUGGUCCUGUACUUAUUUGAAAAGGUUUUAGAGUAUAUAGAUAGCAAUAUUUAAGUGUUAUUAUAUUGUUUGUGUAUUUCCUGUCACUGUUAAAGCCCUGCCCUGUGUGGCGUUGUACAUGCAGGACUGUGAAAGACAACCUGUGGACCUUUGGGGAAAAAAUAAAUAAACACAACCUAAUGUUGCACCAAA